CCAAUCACAGCCUUCAGAGCUUCACCGGCGUCCUCAGCUCUCUGUUGGUUUUACUGGAUUGUAGUGAUUUUUUUUCUCUUUUUUUUAGCCUUUCAAAACUUGGAUUUACCCGAAAAAAAACCUGAAUGCCUCUAUGAGCCAGCUAAUGGUCCGGCGGCGGUUUGCACAAGUAGGUUAACGGAGGUGAGCAAUGGCUGAACCAAACCCUCAUCGUUCCCAGAGGAAGAUGUCCACAGCAGGGGAGAGUAUGUACAAAGUGCUCGGGUUGGAGAAAGGAGCCUCCUCUGAGGACAUCAAGAAGGCGUACAGAAAACUUGCCCUGAAGUACCAUCCAGAUAAAAACCCAGACAACCCUGAGGCAGCGGACAAGUUUAAGGAGAUCAACAACGCCAACUCCAUUUUAAACGAUGAGACCAAGAGGAAGAUCUAUGAUGAAUAUGGCUCCAUGGGCCUUUACGUGUCUGAACAGUUUGGAGAGGAAAGCGUCAAAUACUAUUUCCUCAUGUCCAAAUGGUGGUUUAAGAGUCUGGUGCUAUGCUGCACUUUGUUCACCUGCUGCUGCUGUUGCUGCUGCUGUUGCUUCUGCUGUGGUAAGUGCAAGCCUCCCGAUGACGACGAGAGUUACCAGUACGUCGACCCUGAAGACCUGGAGGCCCAAAUCAAAGCAGAGCAGGACGGAGGUGACACAGUAAUCAUAGGCCAGCCAACGUCUGGUCUGGGUCCUGAAAGCCCAGACGGCCAGCCUGUGGCACAUAGCAAGCCCAACUCCAUCCCUAUGCCUCCACCUGAGUCCCAGCCCCAGAACUUUUCCCAUGCUGCAGGCGAAGAGAACCCUGGAGAGACCUUACCAGAGUCAAAAUGACUCGAAAAUGAAAAUGUGGAUGAGCAACAACAACAAACAGACAGGUAUCUGAGCCCCUCUUAUAGUCCCAUCACAUCUGACUGUUACCAGCCAUCUAGAGAACAUCCAGUUGAGGACCACACCCCAGUCCUGGUCUCUGUAACCUUCCAGAAGGCCCCCCCUGUAAGGUGGGCUCCCGAAGCCUCCUGAGGACUGUUUGUAUAAAAACCAACCACCAUCUGAGCUCUGACUCUGCCAAGUCACUUUUGUGUCAUUGACCCGUACAGGUCAGCGAGGUAAGCGGGUCAAGAGUCAUGUGCUGAGGCCAGUAGACCUCUCUUGAGUUCCUCCUUCUGCCUGGGCUCUGUGUGACUUUUCUAGCAGUUAAAUCAUCAUCCAAAGCUCAUCUUAGCAGCAUGUUCCACCAUACUGACACCUGGUGUGGAUCUGACCGGGGGAGUUAAAUGGAGAAGGGUUGUGAUGUCAUCAGCUGUUCAGACCAGUGCUGGCGUCCUCUCUUUGUCUCCUCCUUUCUGUCCAAACUUCUUUUUUUCCUCCCUCUUUCCAUUGUGAGUUUGUGUUACUGACUGACAGCUUGGCUUUUUCCUCAUUUGUCCAAACGAACCUCUGUGCUGUUUUGGAGUUGCCUCUGAUGUGGUGUAGGCCUCCAGAAAGAGAAGCACGAUUAGAGGCACUAAAAAUACCUCAGUGAGGGGACAGAAUGCAAUCUGUGACUUACAAAUGUCAUCUAGAAGCCAGCAGCAGAAAAUGUGCAUAAAGCCUGAUGAGGAGGAUCUUUGUCAGUGUCCCUCUCCUCUUUUUCCCCCCAUGUGUGAUGUUUUAAGUCUUAUUGUUCUCUCACUCAAACUCUGGAUAUUUGAUCUGAGCUGAACUGAUGGAGCAGAGUUAAAAAAAAAAAAAAAAAAAAAAAAAAAGGCUUCCUUCCACAUUUUGCAUGUAGUAUUGUGCCCAUGGACGCCCCCCUGUGUACAAGAUGGGAAACGCCUCACACAGCAACAGACUCUCUUACGACAAACACAACCCCGUGUCCACCAUCUGAGUUUCGUUAACCAGCCCUCGUUAUCUAACAUGUGCCAUGCUUUGCUAAUAUCAGCAAUAAACAACCACAUCUCGACUUAAAGUUACAGUGUGUAGGAUCUGGUGACAUCUAGUGGUAGACAUGUUUUUUUUUUUUUUUUUCUUUCACAUUUUUGCUUCCUUGGUGACUGGGAUUCAUGCUCCCUUGUGUUCUCUUGUGACAAGCCACAUGUAUGAUCCUCC